GAAGCGGACGGUUUCUUUCCUCGUCGGUCCCCUUGACACGGGCUACCACACCGAACGGAAUCGGGUCUCGUAUCCCUGGUCUUGUCUCGAUCUAGCUUGCGAGUUGUUGAAACAGGAGCACAACAACGAAGAAGCGUGCUGUAUCCGGCCGGAGGCCUCGGAUGGACCACAUUCACUGUUGAGGCGUUUGACGGGCUUCUACCCUCUUGAGCAAGUUCUUCCAUAGCUAAGUAUGAAUCAUGCCAUAUCCUGGCGGUUGGCUAUAUCUGUGGAGUGAUGGGUCCACCGGGUGCUCGACCCGAGUGCAUAGGCACCAUCUCGGUGCGUCUGCGAAGCUUACCGCGGACUCAAGGACAUGCUUGGUGAACAUGAUGGCCCAAAGCGUCUAUAUGGGAGUGAAUAUCAACAAGGUGUGGUUCCCGAUCUGGGCACAUUUGGAGAUGUAUCCUCAUUCACUGCUCAAACGCGUGACACUCGCUUCACAGCACUGCCACCUCCUCAAGCUGCGAAACGAACCCUUUGUUGCUUGUAUAGACCCCGGGCUUGGCUCGUUCAGCACACCUACUCCAUCAACGUGAGUAGCCCGAGCGGGCCUCAGGACCGCUGGCUAAAGCCGAAUUCGAACCGACCUGGUGGCUCGUUCAGGGGGCGGUCGAGCGCCGGGAGAGCUGCGAACAUGCUACUAUCACCCGCAAACAUGCAACUGUCACCCGCCGCAUGCAUGUCGAGUCGUCUCAUGGGGCACAGGUCGAUGCGGCUUGGUCGAUUCGUGGAGAAUACACAGACAUGCCCCCUAGAGACCCGGCGUAGCGAGCGAAGGCGAAAGACCACGAGAACGAGCGGAUUGAACGAUUGGUCUCCUAUCCAUUUCCUUUGACUAAACACUGCAACGCUUGCUGGCAGAGUCCCCCGAGCAUCGUGUUUCCAUGGCCUUGGCCUUCCGAGUGGACUCCUGGC